AUGUUUGUCGUUGAAAAAUUCUUAAUGUUAGUGGAAUCAAAGGAAUGUUUAUGGAAAAUCUCUGCUAAGGAUUAUAGUAACAGGGAUAAGAAAACGAACGCCUGGCAGGAAAUUUGUAAAGAAAUGUUUCCAGACUGGGAGGAACUAGAUCAAGACGAGAAGCGAGAAAAAGGGCCAGAAGUCCAAAAAAAAUGGAAAAACCUAAAAGAUAGGUUCCAGAAGGAGGUGCGAAGGGAAAAAGCUGUAAGAAGCGGGUCUGCUGCUUCCAAAAAGAAGAAGUAUGUUUACUACGACAUCAUGCAAUUCUUAUUACCUCAGCUUGAAAGUCGCAGCACUGAGUCAAAUAUUGAGCCACCUAAUCCACCAGAGCAAAACUCAGACAUGUCACUCUCGGGACUACUGCAGAUGACUCCCUGGAAUGUCGCCCACCACCUCCAAAACCUCCAAGAAAAUCUGUUCAAUCUAGCCAAAAAACCAAUUUUGAGACUCAAUUGCUUCAAAUCCUAG